AUGGCUGAGUACGACUACGUGGACCCCGGCUUCUUCAACACUUCCAGCGACGGCAGCUGGGGGCACGAACGCUUCUUGGAGUUCCGCAAGGUCUUUCUGCCCUGCAUGUACCUGGGGGUGUUCAUCUGUGGCCUGGCGGGGAACGCGCUGGUGCUGGUCAUCUACGUCUUCUACCAGAAGCUGAAGAGCCUGACGGACGUGUUCCUGGUGAACCUGCCCUUGGCUGACCUGGUGUUCGUCUGCACCCUGCCCUUCUGGGCCUACGCGAGCAUCCACGAGUGGGUCUUCGGCGACGUCCUGUGCAAGACCCUGCUGGGCAUCUACACCUUGAACUUCUACACAUCCAUGCUCAUCCUCGCCUGCGUCACCAUUGACCGCUUCAUCGCGGUGGCUCGGGCCACCAAGGCCUACAACCAGCAGGCGAGGCGGAUGGCCUGGGGCAAGGCCAUCUGUCUGUUCAUCUGGGGGGCCUCCCUGCUGCUUUCGCUGCCGCAGAUAAUCUAUGGCCACGUCCUCUAUCUCGACAAGCUCGUCUGUGGUUAUCACGACGAGGAGAUUUCCACUGUGGUUCUCGCCACCCAGAUGACACUGGGGUUCUUCCUGCCCCUGGUCGCCAUGAUUGUCUGCUACUCGGUCAUAAUCAAGACUCUGCUUCGCGCCCGAGGCUUCAAGAAGCACAAGUCUCUGAAGGUCAUCUUCCUGGUGGUGGCUGCGUUCCUGCUGACCCAGACGCCCUUCAACCUCGUGAAGCUAAUCCGCAGCACGAACUGGGAGCACUACACCAUGACCAGCUUCCACUAUGCCAUCAUCGUGACGGAGGCCAUCGCCUACCUGCGGGCCUGCCUUAACCCCGUGCUCUAUGCCUUUGUUGGCUUGAAGUUUCGGAGGAACUUCUGGAAACUCGUGAAAGACCUUGGCUGCCUCCCUUACCUGGGGGUCUCAGGUCAAUGGAAGUCUUCCGAUGAUGCCUCCAAGACCUGUUCUGCCUCUCAUCACGUGGAGGCCACCAGCAUGUUCCAGCUGUAG